AUGCUUCAUAAUCUUUCUUUAUCAUCGAAUGCAUCAAUGAUUCGUUACGCGUUAGCAUAUAAGAACUUCAAUCCUAACGAAACAUAUCCAGAAGAAGAAAAUGUGGAAUCAAGUUUUGAAUUAACAAAAAAGUAUUGGAAAUAUAAAAUUGAAUCAUAUAAGAAACAAGAUGAAAAAGCGGAAAGGGAUACUAAAAACAAUGUUUCAAUGGAUGACUAUCAAUACUAUCACGAUUUAAUCCUUUCAUCUAAAUGCAAAAUGUGUGGUAAAGCGUUUACAUAUGUAAAUAAACCAACAUUGGAUAGAAUCGAUAAUGAAAAACCACAUACCAAAGAAAAUUGUCAGUUAAUGUGUUGUUAUUGCAAUGUCGUAAAAUCAAAUAAAGAUGAAGAUGUUCAACGUUUAAGAAUCAAUUUAAGAAAUUAUGCAUUAAAAAAUAAUUUACCAAUGACUUUAGAUUCAGUUGAAGCUUAUCACAUUCUCCGUAAUGGAAUUACUGGUGGUCUAUCAAAUGUUCAACAUCGUGUUAAUCUUAAAGGAAUCACGCACAUUAAUAAACUUUCAUAUAAUCCAGAAACUAAAACUGUAUCAAAUGAGGACACCACCAACAUUAUGACUCAUUUCGUUGGAGUUGACUUUAAUUCAUUAUAUCCUUCAUCAUUUUCAUCUAAUCCUCAUGAUUUCAUUCAAUAUACUGACCAUAAAAUGUAUAUGCCGGGAAGAUUGAAUGGUGUUAUCAUUUGUGAUACAGCAACAAAGAAAGCAAAAGCACUGGGAAUAAUUAAGAAGAAAAAUACUUUAUUCGUGGCUGAAGUAAAGGGUCACAUUGAUGAAAAAUACAUUAAUGAUUACAUAAACUUUUUACCGAUAAUAAGAAACUUAGAUAUUAUCACAGAUGAAAAAACAAUUGGCAGUUUUAUGUAUAAUUACAUGAAAUCAAACAAUCUACCAGUUGACCAGAAACAGAGGAAAUUAACUCAGUUAGCAUCAACACACAACCAAUAUCAACCAUUUUCUUCUUAUUAUCUUUGGUAUCUAAUAGACAGAUUUCAUUUUAUCAUCGAUGAUAUUCAAUCAAUUUUAACAUUUACGAAAAACACUUGCUUUAAUGAAUUUGCGAACGAAUUUAUGAACGAAAGACAAAAGGCUGAAUUAGAAGGAAAUAAAGGAAAAAGUUUAUUUUGCAAGAUUUCACUUAAUGGAUCAUAUGGUUACGAUGCAAUGAAUACACAAAAUUACACAAAGACUAAAAUAAUGAAUGCACAGAAGUCACGCGUUGCAUGUAUGUCAAAUAAGUUUAAAAACAUAAGAGAAAUAGGAGAGGAUACGUAUCAAGUGAUGCUCAAAGAUAG